AUCAUUCACUAGUGAUUGUUCACCAGCUUUGGUAGCCAGCAGACGGAAUAAGUGCGCUCGGGACCAGCAUGAAGGGAUUUGUGGUGAUUUCAAUGGCAUUGGCCAUUGCAUUCGGAGCAGCCAUACCGAAGCCAGUAAAGGAACUAAAUGGGGAAUUGGAUUCUGUACUGGUGCAAAAAUAUCGACUGGGUCAUUAUGCACAUCGAUUUAGUCAACCAGAACUUUUGGGAGGAUUUAAGCCUUCGUUUGGUGUGAGUGAUUUUAAAGUUUCGGACAAUGCAGAACAUCUCCAGCAUCUCAUCUUUCAGCAUAAGCUGCAAGAUUGGGAUGAUGAAAAGUUUACUAGUUCACUUCAAGAUUGGAAAAUUGAAAAGCCACAUCAAGUUGAUAUAGAAAAGCAUACUAUCAUUGAAAAGAAGGUUCCAGUCCAUGUAGAUCGCUUGGUUCCUUAUCCAGUCAAAGUUCCAUAUCCAGUGGAGAUCGAAAAGAAGGUUCCUGUGUUCUAUGAGAAGAAAGUUCACGUCGAUCGUCCAGUUCCAUAUGCAGUUGAAGUAGAAAAGAAAGUACCAGUAUACGUUGAGAAGAAAGUUCAUGUAGAUCGCCCGGUACCAUACCCAGUGAAGGUCCCUUACCCGGUUGAGGUUGAAAAGAAGGUUCCCGUGUACAUCGAAAAAGAAGUUCACGUUGAUCGACCCGUCCCAUACCCAGUCGAAGUGGAGAAGAAAGUUCCAGUCGUCGUCGAGAAGAAAGUCCACGUGCACGUCGAUCGAUUUGUUCCAGUGGAAGUCAAGGUUCCAGUAGUCCACAAGGUGGAAGUUGAAGUUCCAAAGCCAUACACCGUUAAGAUCCCCAAACCUUAUCCAGUGUACAUUGAGAAGGAAGUCAUCAAACAAGUCGACCGUCCAGUGCCUGUUGAAGUUGAGAAGGAGGUUCCCGUUCCAGUGGUACACAAGGUUGAGGUUCCAAAACCUUAUGUCGUUUAUGUCGAAAAACAACAACAUCAAGAGCAUGAAGAUGAGCAACAGUUGAUUACGCUAAAGCACAAGCAGAACGUUUACCAAAGUGAAAAUGAUCAUCAUCAGCAUCAACAGCAGGAGGAAAAUAAUGCCCAUGCUGUUGCAGAGCAGCUUGUUCAGAGCAAAGAUGAACAUGAUACCGCAGCUGAGCACUACUACCAGCAGCUUCAUCACGAGCAUCACGAACAGGAGCAUAAGGAGCAAGAACAUCGUGAACAUGAGGAGCACCAGCAAGAAGUGAACCACCAUGAUCACGAUGGUCAACAGUUGCAGCACCAAUAUGAGCAACACGAUUACAGUUCGUCUCACCAGAAACGUGAAUCGAAGCCAGAAUGAUAGUUUGGAAGACUGUUGAUUGUAGAAAUA